AUGUUGAGGAUUUUAGCAGCCGAAUGCGUUGUUUAUAAGGCCUUUAAUCAAAGAAUUCUGUACAGUGCUCAAAGAAUAAGUCACCGUAGCAUUUUUAAAGCCUCCCAAGAUAUUUUAUUUCAAAAUUCACCUUUAUUAUGGCCACUAAACUUUGGUAACCGCUGCACUUAUCAUACGGAAAUGUCUGACCACUCAAAACGUUGGAAAACUGUAUAUGAAGGACCUAUUGCCAAAUCUGUAAAGUUUGUUAAGAUGCUGUCUUUAACCACAGCCGCGACGAUGUUUAUAGUUGCUCCUCUAACGAUUUUCUUUGGCAAGCAAGCGGCUCCGUUGCCUUUGAAGGUGUGCUUGGUCAUAUUUCUCUGUUCGCUUGGAAGUGGUUCAACAGCGCUCCUUCAUUGGGUCAGCAAACCGUACGUGCGUAAAAUGGAGUUCAAUCCACAAGAAAAACGCUUUGCUGUAGAGACGUUGUCUUUAUUUGCUGCGCGGAAAAGAGCUGAGUUCUCUGUGGAUGACAUAACUGUUUACCCUGACAACCGUGCGUUUUCUACCUUUGAAGCUCAUGGAGUAAAAUAUUUUAUUCACACGGAGCUCGUAGAAGCUCAACAAAUUUUGCACUUCAUUGAAGAGUGGAAGGCAGGGUACAAAACAUCCCUGGAGUCUAAUUUUCAGAAACCAUAA